UCAGCUGGGCGCAGCAAUAACAGCAGAAAAAUCUGCAGGAAGAAAACAAGUGUAAAACUGCAGAUUUUGUGGAAAACAGAAGCAGCGUAAAUGCAGUUUUACAUGGAGUAUUUCUUCUGAGAAGAAAGCGUUUUUAUUUUUUAUAGUGUAAUAACUACCUCAAUUAAAGGCUGCCUAAAGCUGUGCUUUAAGAUUUAUUAUUUUAAAUUUGUAAUCAUCGCGUUUACAACUUGAAAAACAUUGCGAAGGCAGGCCUUUGCACCAAUACCAAGUGAAACCUUACAUUUGCACUACACAAGCCGCUUGGCUGUGCUGAGACUUUCUGCCAACAAGACCAAGAAGGGCCAGGAGUGUGAGAAGUGGAAGUGAGACGGCCAAGGCAACGUGUGUGAAGAUCCUGCCCUGCUACUCGCGGUGAAACAACAAAAAGACAAAAAAAAAGUCCAACAAAAAGAUUUUGAAAAACCUAAAAAAGGCAGCUUCCCCCGAGGACCACCCUAAAACCCAGCCUGAUCCCGCAUCAGACCCUUUGGUCCGGCCAUGUUCCAGCGCCUCAGCAGCCUGUUCUUUGGAGAGGUCCAAGAUGUGUCCACGGAACUGCAGGGGCCCAAGCCAAGCGUGACUGACGCAGAUGAGGAAGGCUGGCUAUUGGUCAACCUGCCUGGGGAAGGCAAUUGGGUAGAGCUGGGAGAGGGUGGAACUGAGGCACCAGCACCAUCACACUCAUUGCCCCACAGUGAUUGUUCGGAAGUGGAGCUAUGCAGGCCCUCACGGACAGAGGCCUCUCCCCCGUGCAGUCGCUACAGGACUAAAGUUGGUAGGAUGAGAGCAGUAGAUCUCUCCUCCCCUGUCUCGCCCGAUGGGUCAUUGGACAGGGCGGUGCUGUCCGGCCCCUCCCCACUUCCGCGCGGUUCCACCCCGGUUUCCCCAGGCUCUCGGAGUGACUGUAGCAGUGGCCACGAGCGCUGCUGUAUGGAUGAGAGCUGGUUUGUCACCCCUCCCCCCUGUUUCACUGCAGAAGGGGCCACCGCUGAGACCAGCCCCAUGGAGGACCUACUCAUCGAGCACCCCAGCAUGUCCGUCUACGUGUCCCCAAGCAACCUGUCCAUUGUCGAGGAGAGCGCAGCUAGCCUGGCCGCGAGUGUGAGCAUUGGGACGGACCCGGCAACACCUGCUGUGCAGAACGCCACGCAUCGCAGAGUCACCCGAGGCACGGCUGCCCAGGCCGGAGCUCUGGCCAAAGUGACCCAGGUGACCCGUGUCCAGCGGGCCAAGGCCCGGGUCGACCGCCGCCACCUCAGCCGCAACCGCAUCCAGCGGCAGAACUGGGUGCGGGACCGCGCCCCCCGCCACGCCGCCCACGCCCGUGGGACCUUCCUGCAUCAGCCAUGCCAGCGCAGCUACAGCCACUGAGGUGCUAGGAGGGGGGUGCUGUUUACAUUGAGGGCAUUACGACACCCUCACCCCACACCUUAACACCCCCGCUGCACCUCCUUCUACCAUUGGAGUCAUCAUCGUCACCUACUCCUCCCUUCACUUCACCUGUCAAGCCCUCCUUUAUAGCCCUAAUAGUUCCAUUUUUCUCCACCCUGGGUAGUUUUUGCUAUUGUCACAUUAGGGAAAACACAUGGUACACACUGUUAUGUGCACACCAUUUUCACUCAUGUUACUGAUAAAUGCUUAACUGUCUCUCUCACUAAACCGUCUCAUUCUCCCCUUGUGGAGGGAAAUUCCGUCCAAAAAACAACCGAAUAAUUAUUUUGAUUAAGCCCUAGUUUAAUAUAUCAAAGGAAUCUGGGGCUGUAUGAAAUCCUGUGUGCUUUAAAUGUGCCUCAAACAGCUCAAAAAGUCUGGGCUUGGAGAGAGGCUGGAGAGGACAAGAUAAGAUCAUAGUCACAAGUUGAUCUCUGCAAGGACAGGCUUUACUGGAGGACACACAGCAAACCAUUCUACCUUGACAUGUGCACUGACUAUGAGAGCAUGCGUGCAUAAAUUACGGACAGGCAGGGUCCUUUUCAGAUACACUGGGGCAAGGUCUCCAUAUAAAUCCAGAGGAGGUCCGUCAGUUGCUUUCAAGCUUAAGUGGAAAAGGGUUUUAUUUCUUGGUUUUUGGAAGGAAGAGAAGUAUACCGUGAAAUGAGUUGAAUUGUCUGUUUCUAUCUUUGCUGUGUAGAAGCAUCUCAGGUCUUAUAUACUGGAGUCCCUUGAUGUUACCAAGGGAAGAGACCCCAGAGAGAGAGAUUGGUUAAACAAGAUAUUCCUGACACGCAAGGGCAUAGGCAGAUUUUUUUAACAAAGUGGGUUAAAAGCAUGUAGAAGAAGGUGAGAGCAAGACGAAAACAGAUUAAAGAGGACGUAUGUAAAGCAGAACCAUUUUGAGACAGGAAGGGAGAUGCUGAAUGUGUAGUGUAGCUCUUUGAACAGUUAAUGGCAGUUUUAUGUAACACCUAUCUCAUCAGUAUAGCAAUAAUGAAAUGCAAUAAAAACAGAUUAAUCUCACGGUGCGCUCGAACGUAUGAGAGGAAGGUUUGGGCCUUAUGUCUUUUUAUCUGAAAUCAUGACCAUGUAGCACAAUUGGGACUUUGUUUGCACCUAAGUAAACUAGUAGGUGUUUUGCUUAAGGGAUCUCUAAAGGCUUUAGUUGAAUAGUCUGGAAAUUAACAUGUUUUUAAAGGGUUACGGGAUAAGGCACGUAAAAGAAGCUGAAGGACGGUAUAGAUGGCAGCUCUUUAUUUUGUUUUCUAAAUAUUUAUCCCUUUUUUCAAAGUUAGGGAGACUUGGACCUCCUUCUAGGUUUAAUAUGUUUGCCUUUGGCUAGUGUCCAUAUGAUUAUAACACCUCGUUGUGAGAGUCUGUCCUUGUAGCACCAGAGGUCCAUAGCAUCACUGUGAAACAAGUACACCAUAAGAAACCUGAGAAAAACAAGGGGGGCAGGGGCCUGGAGUCACACUGUCUUGCUUUGUUUUCCCCUUGCACCACCCACUUUUGACUUAAAGAUUCUGCUGUUGAAUCACAACCAUUUCCAUAACCUUAUGGGCACAAUGUUACCGCCUUACCAUAAUCCACAUAAGACCCUUCCUACUGAAGCCAAUUGCAUCUUUGUCCAUCAGUAUUAUGGGUAUGCUUGGGGAGAAAAGGCCAAACAGAGGCCCUUUCCCCUGCUUUCACAGAUGUCCUCUCCUUUCAGAUCAGUUUUACUUUGAUCUGGUCUUUUGGUUAAAGCAUGCAAAGUUUCCCAGGACACAAUGUGACCGACCCUGUUGCUCUUUUUUCCCAUGGCUCCUUUUUUUGAUAAUACAUCCAAAUGUAACAGUAUCCUCCACCCAAAAGAUAUGCAUAUAUUUAAUAAUAAUUGUAACAAAAAAGCUUAGCGUAAGUAUGGUGCUGAAGUAUAUGAAUAUAUACUAAAGUUUGUAAAAUGAAAUAUGGAUGUAAGUUUGCAAUUUUUUGUCUUACAUUUUUGUGAGUUGAAGUUCUAGCAGUGUGCUGUGUGCUGUUCCUAUCUGAGAUUUGUGUAUGAGAGGCAUAUGUUGUCAUGUAAGAGAGACAUUUUUUAAAAUCUAGAUUAAGAAUUAUCAGUUAAUUUCCUGCAUUUUAAAGUUUCUUUUUUUACCCCUGCUCUUAAGAGGUCAAAGUCAGAGUUCUCAGGAUAUAUAUUUCUUCAAUCUCCCUGCUGGAUAGCAUGUAUGAAGGCUGACUAGUCACAUGAUUUAGGUUCAAAAGAUUCAAACCUCGCCUUGCCUCACUUGGUUGCUCAAAUAGAAUGAAAGUUGUUGAAUUCAUGGACUCUAUCCACUGCAGAGAAGGUAGAUAGAACCCUCUCCAAGAUUGCCCCCUAGGGGUGAUACUUUGAAGAGAAUCUGUCGUUAAUUGCAGAUCAUUUCGUCUUUACCUCUGUCAAGAUUCCUGGAAUUGGGGGUCAUUUAAUCAAAAUUUAAAUGAUAGCCUAUAGUUUCAGAGGAACGUGAUUUAUAUAGUUAGAGGUAAUGACCUGUGGCAGUCUUAAGUGUUGUGUUAAGAUAGAGUGAGGUGGGGAGGUUACUCCAGUUUGCUUAGACUAUUGUUUUCAUUAGACUUAUCUUUAUGGAAAAUCCUAUUUUUUUCUAGAAUAAAUCACAAACCAGCAUUUCCCUGUCUUGUUACUGCCAUUUAUCUUGUAAAGUAAUUAUGUAGAAUUUGAAAAAAAAAUCUGUAGACACAUAGAUAUAUAUUCUUUUUUGUUUUGAAUGACUAUGUAUUGCUGUUGAUCUUUUAAAAGACACUGUGGGGUAGCUCUAAAUGGUAUGCAUGAGGUGUGAUAUUGACCCCCACCCCCUGUUUGAGUGUGUUGUGGGACAGUGGAAAGUGAAAGCGCUGGCUCCCUGUGGCCCUCUCCCCUUUGGCUCCCUUCAAGCUCCACUUUGGCCCUCUUUUUACUCUGAUUGCUAAACCACAGUGCCUCUAAGGUUGCUAUUCUGACUCACCUGAUGGCGAUUUUUGAAGGAGCUUUUGGGAGACCAAAGGGCACACAUUUGCUCGGGUGCCUCAGGGAUGCCUGCCCCUUUCCUUAUAGGAGGUUAGCAAGGGGCCUGUCACAAUGUCCUUAUACUCCUCUUCUUUUGCUCCUCCCACCUCUGGCCCCUUCUUGUUUUUAUUUCAUUUUGUUCUAUGAGAUAUCUGUUUUACUGUGAGAUGCAGGGUAAGGUGGUUUUGAAGGGUCCCAUGACAAAACCUGUCUGCCAGGUCAAUGGGUGUGUAAUGGGUGUUGACACUUGGGGGGGCGUUUCACCUGGUCUCUGGGUUCAGGAUAAUGCCACAGGAGUGAGGCAUCCAGUUCAGUGCUUUAUUGAAUGUGUGCGUGUGUUUCAUGGGCAUAGACGCACACAACAACACAACAAUCCAUCCCAAGGAGUUUAGUAUCUCCAGCUCUUCACUCCACAGGAACUGGUGUGGCACUGAAGUGUUGAGGUCACUACAGCAUUUACAAUGUCCAAAAUCCUUGGCUCUGUUGGGGUUCCUAUUGAUGGUCAAUGGAUAUGGACAGGUGACCUGGGGACUGUCUUUGGGGGUGUGCCUGUGCUUCAGGUUACCUGUGGGGGUGCUACUGAUAAGGGGGAGCAGCAGGACAGAUUUGGGAAGGUUUGAGCUGAUUUAUAAACAAAGGUCAGUGAAAGGUGGGGUUGGUGUGCGCAUACUGAAACAAACAAAGGAAUGUGACCCUUUUAACAGGUGUAGUGUGAAUGAAAGUAUGGGGGGAGGGAGACAGGAAAGGGAAGUGCAUAGAUUAAUUAUGAGAUGAAAAAUGCUUGUAUUUUGUCCUAUUGUUAUUAGAAAUAUUGUUAUUCUAAUGUUUCAGACAUAAGGGUUGAAUGUUAGGGGGUUUAUUCGCUUUGCACCCUGCAAAUAUGGCAGCUUUAGAGACAUUAACUGAACACCAGAUGCAUCCACAUGAUUAAACUGGUUAGGGGUUUACUGAUGUGUUGUAUAUGACCCCCCCCCCCCCCCC